AUGGUGCCUACACCCGCCUCUGGCCCCGUGAUGGACUUCUUCAACACAGAUGACCAUUCGCGUCCACAAGCCUCACUAGCGUCCCCUCAGAUGAUCGCUUCAUCGCUACCAUUUAUACAGUGCCAGAUUAUGCAAGCACCACCCUACAUCGACUACAGCAGCAAUGUAACCUUGAAGAAGCAGAGGAACAUCAGCAACAACAACAACAACAACAACAACAACAACAACAACAACAACAACAACAACAACAACAACAACAACAACAACAACAACAACAACAACAACAACAACAACAACAACAACAACAACAACAACAACAACAGCAGCAGCAACAAGAAGAAGAAGAAGAACACAUAG